GCCAACAUAUGCAUACAUCAUACUACUGUUAUCCGCUACUGUAAAAAAGGCCUUAGGUGGAAACAGCUGCAAACGACAUCGACAAUCUGAUCGGCCGCAAUGUCUUCGCCCGCCCCGAAUACCCCUUCACCUCCCUCACACACAUCAGGUCUUCCCUCUUCGCUCUUAAUUCUUGAACGCCCUGAGCUUUCACAUCUUGCUCAGUGGAGUGUUUCAUCUCAUAAAUAUGGCUUUGGCGUCGACAAUUUGCGGGACGGUAAUGAUAGCACCUUUUGGCAAUCUGAAGGGGCGCAACCUCAUACAAUUGAUCUGGCCUUCCCUCGAAAAGUCAUGAUAUCGGCUAUUGCAGUGCACAUGUCACAUCCUCGAGAUGAUUCUUACACGCCUUCUAAAAUCGGUAUAAGGUGUGGUACCGGAGUGCAUGAUCUCCAAGAAGUCCGAUAUAUGGAAUUUUCGAAACCCGAUGGCUGGCAUUUGAUCCCUUUGCGACCUAUGGAACACACCGCCUCUCGCAUGGAAAAAGAGGGCCCCCCUAUACCUUGCCAUUUUCUAAGGGUUCUUAUCUUUGCGAACCACUUGAAUGGAAAGGAUACGCAUGUCAGAGGUUUAAAGGUGUUUGGUCCCCCUGGCCCGAAAGAAAAUACUCAAGUAUCUUCUCCUUCAAUCACGAUGUCCCAGCAGGCGGUGGAUGAAAUAGGAAGUGGUCGAAGACUGCUUGAGCUGGGCCAUGACGGUCUCAGUGGAUUCACAAGCACAGAAUUCAAGAUGCACGAAUGGAUACGUUGAGCUCGAAGUCUAAGAGCUGUAGUCGUUUUGGUCGUUGUAUUAGUAUAUCAUGUAUCUAGACAUUAUAUAGACUCUAUAAAUUUGACCAUAUUAUACAGCAUUUCAUUAACAGGUGUCUCCAAACCCAUUUUCUCACCAAGCUUGACAACGUAGCCAUUGAUAUAGUCCACCUCUGUAAGUCUUUUCUCGCGUAUAUCUACAGCCAUAGAAGAUGUAUUAUCAACCGUAGAG